AUGGGCAGUACGCAGGCUACCCGUUCGGUGUCGCGGAUAUGGAUUCCUCUAAUGCAGAAAGAUCACCCUGGCUUAAGACAUUAUUCACGGCUACUGUGGCCAGAGGUCUUUUGUCCAGUGAGGCUUAUCCGCAAACAUAGAUUUAUGCAAGUUGCGCAAGCUAGUGAAGAUGAAGAGCAUGGCGAACAAGUAACGGCCACCGAUCCGGCUUCGCUACUUGACGUCGUCCAGCAUGUUGACAUUGUAUCCAUGGACAUACACGAGAGUAUACUGAUCAAAAACCCCUAUGCAACUACGGUGAAUGCUCCCCGUUGGCAGCCCCGCUUGGCUGGCAGUCCUUUUUUGAUACCACGAAAAAGGAGAAUUGACACUACGGGUGAUGGAAGCGAGACACCAAACGGCGACGACAUACAAAACGAGUUAUAUGGUGUAGUUGUCGUCUUCAAGAAGAGGAAAUGUAAGCCCGCAAGCUGCAAAAUCAUUCGCGCCUGGAACUCUUCGCAGCAGAAAGACCUGCACCAAGACGACUUUCAAGAUAUGACUGAUAUCGAUGCCAAGGACAACGUUUUCGUGGCCGUACAAAAGCUUCCCUGCCCUUCAAAAGACAAUACAGAGGGAUUAGAGCCACGGUUUUUAGGCCUAGUUCAAGUUGUCUUCGAUAAAACUGACAUGAUGGAUGAAUUGUGCUUAUCUUCGAAUGGGGGCGUCCGGGCAGCGGAAGGAAUCUUACAAUAUUUCGGCGUCGAGAACUCGGAUGAAGAAAUCGGGAGCAUGAGCAUGGCAUUUAUCUCUGAGCCCAUUCAAUAA